AUGAGGCCGGGGCCUGGGGGCUGUGUGGCAGCUGUGGCUGCGGCCCUGCUACUGCUGCUGGAUGCCGGGGCUCACGGCGGCACUGCUGGCCCACCGUGUGACUGUGCGGGAGACGUCCAGAAGAGGAACAGCCCGUUGUGUUGCCGGGGCUGUCCUGCAGGGCACUUCCUGAAGGCCCCCUGCACAGAGCCCUGUGGCAACUCCACCUGUCUGCCGUGCCCGCAGGGCACCUUCCUGGCCAGGGAGAACUAUAGGAGUCGCUGUGCCCGCUGUCAAACCUGUGAUGAGCAAGCCUUCCAGGUGGCCCUGGAGAACUGCUCGGCGGUGACAGACACCCGCUGCGGCUGUGAGCCAGGCUGGUUUGUCGAGUGUGUGGUCGCCCACUGUAGGGACAGUUCACCUUUCCAGUGCCGCCCGUGCUCAGACUGUGGGGCCCUGCACCGCCACACGCGACGGCCCUGUUCCAGUAGAGACGCUGACUGUGGGACCUGCCUGCCUGGCUUCUAUGAACAUGGCAAUGGCUGCUUGUCCUGCCCCACGAGCACCCUGGGGAGCUGUCCUGAGCCCUGUGUUGCUGUCUGUGGCUGGAGGCAAAUGUUCUGGGUUCAGGUGCUCCUGGCUGGCCUGGGGGUCCCGCUCCUGCUUGGGGUCACCCUGACCUACACAUACCACCGCUGCCAACCUCCCAAGCCCACGGUUCCUGAUGCGGCUGAGACUGAGGCCCUGACCCCAGCACAGGCAACCCACCUCUCACCCUCGGGAAGCGCCCACACCCUUCUGGUGCCUGCUGCUGGUGGUGAGAAGGUCUGCACUGUCCAGUUGGUAGGCAACGGCUGGACCACUGGCUCCCCCCAGACCCAGGAAAGGCCUUGCCCGCAGCUGGCAUGGUCCUGGGACCAGCUGCCCACCAGAGCUCUUGGCCCUGCUUUGGAGACCCCACAGUCGCCAGCGCCUCCCGCAGGCUCGCCAGCCGCUGUGCUCCAGCCGGGGCCACAGCUCUACGACGUGAUGGACGCGGUGCCCGCACGGCGCUGGAAGGAGUUCGUGCGCACGCUGGGGUUGCGUGAGGCCGAGAUCGAGGCCGUGGAGGUGGAGGUCGGCCGCUUCCGCGACCAGCAGUACGAGAUGCUCAAGCGCUGGCGCCAGCAGCAGCCAGCGGGCCUGGGCGCCGUCUAUGCAGCCCUGGAGCGCAUGGGGCUGGACGGCUGCGCUGAGGACCUGCGUAGCCGCCUGCAGCGCGGCCCUUGACGCGCCCUGGAGGCUCGGCACAAGCUCUAAGUACGGUUACUUACGCGUGUAGACAUUUUAUGUCACUUAUUAACCCCCUGGGGCGGCCCUGCGGAGCAGCGCCUGCCCGGGCUCCCGCUGGGGC